AAUCUCUAGGAAAUCAAUGCCGACAAAGGUGAUCAUCACGUGGGCGGAUGGUAUUCCUGAAUUGUAGUAGCGUAUCUCGUCUCACCUUCCUCUCGCAAAAGCGUGCAGAAUCAUCUCGAUAACCACCACAGGGCCUCAAGUGUUCGGUCAAGGCAGCGACAGUCACCACUAUCUUCUAUUGCUCCAUUUUUCGACUGAUAGGCACUAUUACCGUCUACACCUGUGUCUCGAAGACAAUUCAUCACUCGCGCGUCAACGGAGCACGCUCGGAUUAGCCUGUCUAGCAGUCAUACUCCAAGAUCAGCCUCCUUGAGGCAUCUGGUACGUUAGAGACACCAGUAAUUCUAUUGCCAGAUCAAACAUUCAUCAUGUCAUAUCCGGGCCCUCCAGGCUCAGGUUCCAGACCUUCUACACAAUUUCAACCGCCGGCUUCAUUGCCUGCGCGCCCUCCACCUUCAGCGGUCAGUCCUGCUCCAGCCUUCAAACCAGCCUCGAGUAGCACCACCAAGCCUGCCUUUACAGCCUUUGCGCCACGGUCCGUAGCAUCAGCCAACACCUAUCGUACGGCCAGCCCAGCCCAUUACUCCGCAGCUCCUGUCACAUCAUACGCAUCACCGUCACCAUAUCAACAACCAGUCGCGCGACCUCAAUAUGAUUCAUCAUACGGAGCCGCCCCACAGAUUCGCAACCCUUUCGUCCCCACCUCAGACACUUCCUCAUCAGCAGGUGCCUAUCCGCCCGGCUACGAUCCAGACUAUGAGGCCCAGGUACAGCAGUGGCAGAGCGCCUACCUGAAACAAGAGAACGGCAGCACCACAAUACCAAAGCCGGCACCAGUAUCUGCGCCAAUUGCCUCUACUAAAGUCGAGUCCAAUACUCAAAAAACCGAAACUACGAAGACCGUUCAACGUGCAGGAGGUGGCACGACAUGGCAGGACCCGACUCUACUAGAGUGGGACCCCGCGCACUUUCGCAUCUUCGUCGGCAACCUCGCAGGUGAAGUCACCGAUGAAUCGCUCCUGAAAGCCUUCUCUCAGUAUGGUUCUGUUCAAAAGGCGCGGGUGAUCCGUGAAAAGAGGACGACGAAGUCCAAGGGCUACGGUUUUGUCAGUUUCUCAGAUGGAGACGAUUACUUUCGCGCGGCUCGCGACAUGAACGGCAAGUACAUUGGAAGUCAUCCGGUCACUGUAAAGAAAGCCGUUACGGAUGUCAAACCUACGACACAGAAGCCGAAAUAUCAUAAGGGCAAAGGUGGAGCGGGCGGCCAUGGCAAGGUGCAGCACGACGGUGUUAAUAAGAAGCAGCCCAAGACUAAGGGAGGAUUGAAAGUCCUGGGCUGAAAUCAUACCCCCUGUUGUAUGAACUCGUCCAGGAGAUUCAUCAAGAGAAUACUUUCGAUACCCGCCCCACCGAAUGCGCACAUACGAUGCAAAAUUGAGAGCGUAGUCUUUCAGACCUGACUGCU